AUGAGGAGUCAGCGUACCUGGGCACCCAGCGGGCAGGCAGGCAGGCAUGCGAAGAGACAGAGAGACAGAUACACUGGCAGAAGCAAGCAGACAGAGACAGAGACAGAGACAGAGACAGAGACAGAGACAGAGACAGAGACAGAGACAGAGACAGAGACAGAGACAGAGACAGAGACAGAGACAGAGACAGAGACAGAGACAGAGACAGAGACAGAGACAGAGACAGAGACAGAGACAGAGACAGAGACAGAGACAGAGACAGUCAGACAGUCAGACCGAGACAGAGACAGAGACAGAGACAGACGCACAGCCAAACAGGCCAGGCAGGCAGGCAGGUAG